AUGGAGAUUCCUGUAUCGACGAGCUUUCACUCCGUUUCUCGCGUUUCUCUAUCUUCGAAAACCUUUUUCUACUUGUAUCGCUGCUGCUUUUUUCGUAAGAAAUUGAAUUGCAAUAAGCGUUUUGGUCUUCGAGUUAGAGCGAGUUCAGAGAAGGAUAAUGAUGGUUCGUUGAGUUUUAAAAGUGACACCGUUAAUUUUUGGGGAGGAGAACAAUCCGGCGAGUUCGUUGAUGUAAUAAGCAUUGGCAGCAGGAAGGACGCCAUCGUUGAUUUCUGUUUCGACUCGCCAUUCCAGUUAUCCUCUUCGCUCCUCCGAUUUUGGAAUAUUCACACCAAAGAUUCCAUCAAUGUUCAAUUGCAAGAAAGGGUUCUCGAAAAAGAUAUUAAUCCAAGGGUUAUGGACGUUUCACAGUUUCUAAAGUUCCGCUCAAAGGCCAUUAUCCUUGUUUGUACAUUCCUUAACUAUCACUCUCUUAUGUUUGGGGUUGCUAUUAGUCUGAUUAAAUUGUUAUAUGUUAAACUUAAAAAUUUUACAAUGCCAUCCCCCUCCCAGGUGGCUAGUGCAGGAUAUGGCUUCGAUCAUGUUACAGCAAUCGAUAUUCUUAAAUCGAUAAGGUCCAGGAAUGGAUUUGCUGUUGCUAUUCUUCAAAAGCCUUUCAGCUUUGAAGGACAAAGGCGCCAAGAUGAGGCAAUUUCUAAAAACUACGUUAUGUUGGUUAGAGAUUUGUUGGAUGUUGUUGACUCAAGACAUCUGAAACCUCGUUUUGUUUUGUUUUCUUGUCCUUUGGGAAAGAUGAAGAGUUCUCCUCGUGUGCACUUUAGAUAUGGGAAUAUUGACACCGAUGCACUCCUAAAAAAGGACUUCGUCACUCUAGAGGAGGCUUUGAAGUCUGCAAACAGUGCUGUUUUAUUGGCAAUAAAUGCCAUCUCUGUUCUCAUUUCGGAGAUGCACCAGAAAAUAAUUGAUGCAGUGCAUAAUAAUGUUAAAGAACUCAAAGUUUCAGAAGUUAUAAAAAUACUGGAGAGCUACAAAGAAGCAAAAAUUGGAUUUGGCGCUGGUCAUAGCAUUAGAAGUUCAAUUAUGCAGGCUCUAUAUGAUUGCCCUUUCAUUGGUGCCGGUUUAGAGGACUCAAAUGGAAUUGCUAUAUGCAUCAUUGCAAGUUCAGGUCUUAUGGACAACAAAGAUGUACAUGCCUCUUUGCGUAGUUUCUGUCAAUCAGCAAAUUACACGGGGGAAAUCAUUAGUUGUAUAGCUCAUGAGCCUAAUCUGCAGCCCAACAUGCUGGUAACAACCAUUGUUAUUGUAGGUUGUCUUGAACAACAAGCUCCUCAGAGAAGUAGCGUUUUCUCCAGACUGGCCCAGUAUUUCCCUUUUGUUUUUAAAAUUCUGAGGAUACCCCAUCAACAACCGCGUGGCAACGAAGGAAGAGAUGUUCUGGAAGAUGCACAACUGUCCAAGGUGAUAGAUUCACCAGACUCUGGUCAGGUGGAAAAUAGAAGUUCUGCAGAAGGCUUGGCCAAUGGUGUUGAUAAGCACUCCGAGGACCUUGAGAGGGCAUCAAGCAGUGAUUAUGGUGACAUUUAUAGUUCAAGGAAUUACAACAGUGGAGUUGAAGAAGACGAGGUUGGCCUAUUAGAAGAUAUGAUAGAGUCUUCUAAUUUUUGCAAUCAAAACUUGGAAGGAACUCCUGCUUUACAAAGGGAACCACUCAUUAGUAGGAAUUUGGGGCCAGGAUAUCAGAUUGCACAGGAGUGGGCCAAAGAAAGGGCUGGAGCCCCUCCAGUGCUAGAUGAUAUGAGCAUCUUCCAACUUCCAGUCGGUGUAAGACCUUCAGAAUUGAAAGGCAGUCUGAAUAUCUCAUAUGCCACAGAACUCUCAGAACCAAAAACCGAGGAUGAUUUCAAAGGACAGACACUUGUUAAUUCAAGUAACCCUUCUUGGGGUGAUGCAGGUUUUGUAGCAGUGAGGGAUUUUUAUAAUAAUGCAUCUACACUGGCAAAGGGUAAAAAUGCUGAUGUGCCUAAGAAGCAAGGAAUUCUUUCUGCUCGUGCGGCAUCUAUGCUGGAAGCUGAGCGAGAUUCACCAAAGAAGUGGAGUCCCAUUAUGGAGAUGCAGUACAGGGGAGGCAUCUAUAGGGGGCGGUGCCAAGGAGGUCUUCCAGAAGGGAAGGGUCGUCUGAUCCUUGAGGAUGGAAGCAUGUAUGAUGGCAUGUGGCGCUAUGGUAAGAGAUCAGGUCCAGGUACAUUCUACUUCAGCAAUGGGGAUGUAUUCCAGGGAUCAUGGAGGGAUGACGUAAUGCAUGGCAAGGGUUGGUUUUAUUUUCAUACUGGAGAUCGAUGGUUUGCAAACUUUUGGAAGGGAAAGGCCAAUGGUGAGAGCCGUUUCUAUUCAAAGUCUGGUGAUGUCUUUUUUGGCCAUUUCCAAGAUGGAUGGCGACAUGGCGAGUUCCUUUGUAGUGAUGUUGAUGGAGCAAGGUGUGUUGAGACAUGGGAUGAGGGUGUUCUUGUUAGCCGUGAGCGAUUGGACUCCAAUAAUGGUGGUGUAUAA